GCAAUUAGUACUAAGAAGGUAACCUAACUUAAGCCAGUCCAGUCAGUACUCACUGACUAGUAAGUAUACAUAGACAUCCUCCUCCCCCCUCCCCGGUGGUUCGUUCCUUCCUCUUUUCUCUUCUUUCUUUCUUUCCCUUCCUCGUGCGAUUUCCCCAUUCGACGUCUGUCCUUCGUUCUUUCGUCGUCUGCAUCUACUGACUCACCCCGGUUCACUCUUUUUGACCGUCGAGACUAUCCUUCCUCUCUCUCUCCCACUUAGAAGUCAUUCUUUUACUUCUGUACCACCCACACUUGCAUCGCGUAUUUACGCUUGUAUAUCGCAUACUAUCCAUUCCCCGUUAUUGUACCGAGUCAUUCUACUACUCACAUAUACUUCUCCACCAACAUCCAUCAAUAUGCGUUCCGUCUUCUACCUUGCUCUCAGCGCCAUUGCGUCUCUCGCGGCCGCUUCCGACAACCCGUUCAACGUCCCUGAGGGUGGCUACACCUUCACCGCGGGCAGCCCGACUACUCUCACCUGGGACCCGACUACUAAUGGCACCGUCACCCUGAGACUCCAGUGGGGUGCUGUCUUCACCACCACCACGGGCGAACUUAUUGCCGGGAGCAUCGACAACUCUGGUAGCUACUCUUGGACUCCUUCUGCCGAUCUUGCGGCCCGCUCGGACUACACCGUUGAGAUCAUCGAUGAUGAUAACACGGACGAUGUCAACUACACCCCGCGCUUCUCGGUUUCUGGUGCUACUGGAGCGGUGACCACCAGCACUGCCUCGUCAACCACGUCUUCUGCUUCCAGCACUAGUUCUUCCACCGACCAGACCUCCACCGUGAGCGCCACUACUUUGUCUACUACCACCUCGAGCGCUAGCUCUUCCACCUCGACCACCACGUCUGGCUCGAACUCUACCGUUUCGGCGACGUCCUCCAAGACUGCCUCGUCCAGCUCUUCGAACACCGCGAGCUCCAGCGCUUCUACUGCCAGCGUCACCACGGUGUCCACCAAUGCUGGUAUGGCCAACCAGGCCUCUAUUGGCAUGAUGGCCCUUAUCUUUGGUGCUGUUGCGCUCAUCUAAAACUACGACGUUCUGAUUCUUCUGCCCGCCUGAGGGCUGCCAACUCCGUGGUCGGGUGAUGAUACCUUUUUUCUUUACUUUCUGGUACAUAGAUUUUUGAGCACCUUUUUUUACGCCUUCUUGCAUCCCCCCUUUUCCUCUUCUCACGCCCUCUUUGAACUUUCUUCUUCGCGUGCCCUGUUGGAUUGUCAAGGAUUGCAUGGACC